AUGAUCCAGACCACGAAACUCGGCGGGACGGCGGCUGACGUCGUGGUGGCUAAAGUUGCACAUGGACUGAUGACCAUGACUAUGAGGGGGAACGUUCCGGAUGAACAAGCCUUUGAAUCAAUCAAGAGUGGUGUCGACUCACUCCCUCCGGGCGUGAAGAUGAUGCUGAAUAGCGGCGAGUAUUCCCUCGCACUCACUGUGCAUCUUACGUUAACCCUAUGCCGCCCCACAGCUGAUUUUUAUGGAGAGGGUCACGGUAUAGGCAACCUGGAGCUUUUGGCCCGCUUUUAUGACAAGUACCCGGAAUAUGCGGAUCGGACAUUCCUGUCCGUAAAGGUCGAGACAAUCUUUAAGACUAGUGUCGAGCGAUCUAUCACCGCACUUCGCGGGACGAAGAAGAUCGACCUUUUUCAGCCGGCACGCCUCAUGCGUGAGUUCACCGUGGAGGACCACGUGAGGUACCUCUCUGCGAUGAUCAAGGAAGGGAAAUUCGAUCACCUGGGGUUUUCCGAAGUGGGCGCGGCUUCUCUGCGACGUGGUCAUGCGGUGUACCCGAUUUCCGUGGCCGAGAUCGAGAUCAGUCCCAUGUCUUACGAAGAAGAGACGAAAAAGGUCAUCGCUGUAGCAGCGGAGCUCGACAUCGCCAUCAACGCAUACUCUCCCCUCGGCCAUGGCCUCACAACUGGCAACAUCAAAACCGUCGAAGACCUUAACAUUUGGCGGUCUAGGCGGCGGUUGACGCUCCAUCGUCAGAACUUUGAGCACAACCAGAUUCUCGUUGCAGCCUUGGUGGCCAUGGCUGGCAAGAAGGGGUGUACGCCUGCCCAGCUCAGCAUCGCCUGGGUGGGUUCGCUUGGCGACAAGAUCAUCCCGCUCCCUGGAUCCUCGAGGAAAGAGCGCACGCUCGAGAACCUGGGCGCGACCAAGGUGGACAUGACCACGGAGGACAUGGCUGAGAUUGCGAGUAUCCUCGAGAAGCACCCCGUCCGUGGUCACAGGUAUUUCGGCGAGAGCGUCGAUGUGCGGUUGUGGGGAUGA